AUGCGUGAAUUAACACACACACACCCGGAAGUCUACAGAAGAUUCCGAGAAGAGUAUCACGUAGUUAGGAGAAGUGAUCGCUACUGGACGCGACUGUCUACCGAUCUCAUCAUAGAACAGGUGUUAAUGAGAAGUUUAAAGACAAGUGGUUGCCUCACAAGGGGCAGUGGCAUGUCCGAAAUCCAACGUACUGUUUGGCUUCUGUCAAUGUCAAUAGGUGCAGAAGUAAACGACGCAAUACAAUAUUUUACUAAUGCUUACCUCUUCACAUGUGAGCAACACAGGGAUGCAUCAAGUGCCAGACAGAGUAGGGAUGUUAGCGACACGCUAGAAAUUCUGAACUACCUCAGUCAACGUAAUCCAUUCAGUCCAGAUAAUACUCUGCACAGUAUAGCAAAUGGAAUGACUGCAGAUAAAACUGUAAAUGUAGACCAAUUCAAAAACGUCGGUAACAAGAUACUGAACUACAUAGCUGGAAAAAAAGUGGAUGAACAUUCAUUCAAAAGAAGUGACCAAGCGGUGCCAUUAGGUGCUGGAAAGAUCGGCGAUGAAUCCCAGAGACUAGUCAUGGUCAUUAGAGAACGUGAAGAUACUUUAGCAUCAGUUUUCAGCUACGAGUUAUGCAGUCACCUCCCUGCCCUCUUUGAAUCCUCAUGUCUCCCUCUAGAGGCCGACAAACCAGUCAUAGAAGAUGCACUUUGA